AUGGCAGAGUGGAGGGACUAUAUCAAAGCCACUCUGAAGGAGAAGUUUGUGGAGGACGUAGCCAUCGUUGGCCUGUACGACAACAAGGCCGUGUGGGCCUCCAAGCCUGGAGGUGUCCUGGCUGCCAUCUGCCCACCGGAGGUGGAGGCUCUGGUGGGCAAAGACAGAGGAAGUCUCCUGCAGGAGGGGGUCAGCGUUGGAGGUCGGAAGAUGGCAGUGAUACGAGACCAUAUGACAGGUCCUGAGACAGAGAUCCUAUUCAUUGACAUCCGGACCAAAGGCAGCGAGAGCUUGGCUCUCACGGUUGCCCCGACGACCAAGGCUCUGGUGUUUGUGAUGGGAAAACGAGGGGUGCAUGGCGGCAUAGUCAACAAGAAGGUGUGUGACAUGGCCAAGUACCUCCGCGAGAGGGGUGUGUGACAAUCUCCAUCCAUAUACUGGACCACUGUAUCAGCAGGCAGUGGAUG